AUGUCCGACACCGGUGCAGGAAGUCACCGCGAUCAGUCGCCCUCAGCGUCGACUUUCUUGUCAACACUGAUCCCUGUUCUCAUCAUUGUAGCAGUUAUCCUCUCAAUCUUCCUGAUCCUUCGCCCGAAGUACAAGAGAGUUUACGAGCCGCGUACCUAUCUGCCGCUCCUCAGAAAAUAUGAGUAUACUCCACAGCCAUCAGACACCAAGUUUGGAUGGGUCAAAAACUUCCGCGGUCUCAAUGAUGACCACGUUUUGAUGCACUCUUCUCUGGACAACUACCUCUUCCUACGUCUUUUUAAGAUCCUCUUCACCAUCUGCUUGGUCGGUGCUAUCAUUACCUGGCCCAUUCUCUUCCCCAUCAACGCUACUGGUGGUGCCGGUAACAAGCAGUUCGAUCUCUUGUCAUUUAGUAAUGUCUCGAUCCCUAGCCACACCAACUACUACUAUGCACACGCCAUCCUUGCCUGGGUCUUUGUCGGGUUCGUCAUGGUUGUGAUCACUCGUGAGAUCAUCUACUUCAUCAGUCUUCGUCAAUCGAUCAUUACCUCCGUAGCUUACAGCAGUCGCCUGUCAGCCAGAACUGUCAUGUUCACCAAUGUCGACCAGGAGUAUCUCAAGGAAAGCGCUCUUCGUGAGCUGUUCACUGGAGUCUCGCGUGUCUGGAUUCAGCCCAACACCAAGGAACUCGAUGAUGUUGUCGGCGACAGAGACGAUGCUGUGACUAAGCUCGAGACUGCUGAGAACAAGCUCGUCAAGAAGUUCGUCAAGAACCACAAGAAGGCAGAGAAGAAGGGCAAGACCGAUACCUCCACCAUUGACCGUGAGAGCGGCCGUGUCGAAGUCGAUCACAAGAUCCGCCCCACCCACCGUCUUGGAAAGAUCCCGCUCAUUGGCAAGAAGGUUGACACCAUUGAUUGGGCCAGACCCGAGAUCACUCGCCUCAACAAGCAGGUCGACGAGGAGCUCGAGAAGACCCACAACGCUGAGAAGGUUCCCGCUGUGUUUGUCCAAUUCGAAACUCUCGAGCAUGCUCAGGCUGCUCACCGUCAACUCUCCAGCGGUAUGCAAAAGGUCAAGGGAGCCAAGCUCACCCCCAAGGUUGUUGGCGUCCACCCCAACGAUGUCAUCUGGGGCAACUUGAGCAAGAAGAACAUGGUCACUCGCAUGAUCCUAAUCGCCUCAACCAUCUUCGUUGUUCUCAUGAUCGUCUUCUGGGCCAUUCCUGUCGCUUUCGUCGGUGUCAUUUCCAACAUCAAGACUCUCGAGACCAUUUCCUUCUUGACCUGGAUUUCCAGCAUCCCCGACGUCAUCCUGGGUGUCAUUACUGGUCUGUUGCCUGCCGUCAUGCUUGCCGUGCUCAUGGCUUUGGUACCCAUCGUUCUGAGACUGCUGGCUGGUAUGUUCGAGCCUACCAGAUCAACCGUUGAGUUGAGAGUUCAAGCUUGGUACUUCUCCUUCCAGGUUGUUGAUGUCUUCCUCGUCACCACUUUUUCAUCUGGAGCUGCCGCUGUCGCAAAGCAGAUUGUCAACAACCCGGGAUCUGCACCAAUGUUACUUGCCAGCAACUUGCCUCUCGCAUCCAACUUCUACACUGCCUACUUUGUCGUUACCAUGUUGAACCAGGCCGCCAUGCUCGUACUCAACAUUGCCCCUCUGCUGUUCAUUGCCUUCCUCGGCAACAUUCUUGACUCGACUCCUCGCAAGGUCUACAACCGUUACACCAACUUGAUCGGUCUCGGUUGGGGUUCCGUCUACCCUGCGUACGCCAUGCUCGGUGUCAUUGCCAUCGCAUACUCCUGCAUUGCCCCUCUGCUCCUUGGAUUCGCAACUGUCGGAUUCGCUCUUCUGUACUUUGCCUACCGUUACCAGCUUCUUUACGUUGUCGGCAACGACUCCAUCGACAUGAAGGGUCGCGCCUACGCUCGUGCCAUGCAACAGAUUACCGUUGGUGUCUACCUCCUCGAGUUCUGCUUGAUCGGUUUGUUCGCCAUUGGUGUUGCCGAGGACAGAGCGGCUCUUGGUCCUCUAAUCAUCACCAUCAUCCUCGCCGUCUUCACCAUUGUCUACCACGUCAUCUUGAGCAAGACUCUUGGACCCAUUGUUGACGGUCUUGAGAUGAUGCCAGGAAGUGAAGACCGUAGCAGAGCCUUCUCAGCUGCACCCACUGAGAACAUGGAGGAGGGCAAGCCUAGCACUACCAGCAACCGCGAGACCUCUCCUACUCUUGCUGGAUCGACCGACUCCCCCAAGCCCAAGUCAGGUCUCAAGGGCAAGCUCCAGCACUUCUUCUUCAGCUCGCGCUUCGCCACGAAGUGGCUGACUGUUCAGAAGGAGCUCGCAUCUCACUUCAACGAGCCGAUCCGUCCUUACACCCAGGAAGAGCUCGAGUACGCCUUUGUGCCCCCAAGCAUGCUCAACGAGCAGGCCAUUGUGUGGAUCGCCCGUGAUGAGUACGGUCUUUCUUCGCAAGAGGUUGCUGGCUGCAAGGAGCACGACGUCCCUGCUACUGAUGAGGAGGCUACCCUGAACGAGAAGGCCAAGAUUGAGUGGAGCCAGGAGAGAAUCCGCGAGGCUCCUGUUUACGAGGAGAAGAUUCCCUACUAA